AAUAAAUUUCAUAAAUCUCUCAUCUCCUUCUCUUCUCUUACCACAGGAUCUUCAUUUUGUUUCCAUGCCUAGGAAAAUUCUAAAAUUCUUCUUUGCUUGGUCUCCUCCCGAGUCAAGGAGAUGUCCUCAAUUGUGUGGGGGGGAAAACCUCAACUUCCCUAAUAGCAUUUCUAAAAUUCAGGGGCCCAGAAAAAGCCCCAACCCUAUGUCCAGCACCCAUUGCCUGCCUGCUCGCUUCCCAAGACCUCCUUCCAACGGUUGGUGCAUUUCUCAGCAUUUCCCCACCCCCACCCCCAAACCCAGCUGCAUUGAUGCACCGCUGCCUGUGGCCCAUCUCUGUUUUUCAAAGUUCUGGAGAAAGAUUCUUUGCCUGAACCGAGAGAAGACAAGAGGUGGGGUCCCUGUGCAUCUCGCUGUCUCCAUCCCUUCGACGUCCAUCCUUCUGUCGUUCUAUCUGGACCCAGCAGCACUAAAACCUUGGAAGCCCUUCAGAUGACGCUACCCUCAAGGGAACAAAUCUUUGGGAUUAACUAAAGAGUCACAACAUCUGUUCCUAGGACACCGCGUUCCAAAGGCUGCCGGAGCAAAACCAUCAAUCCACUUUCGUUAGCGGCAAGGUCCUGGAGAGAGAAACGGUCAAAGGCAGGGCUGAAAAUCAUCCGCAAACAUUCUCUUUCCAGAAAAGACCGCUUAGAUCCCAUUGUGGAUGGUUUGGAUCCCCUGGGAGGAGAAGGCCACUCACUCUCUUUCCAAGCCGUGUUUUGGGGUUACAGAGAUGGCGUUGCAGCUGAGAGAUUGGACCUGCUGUUCCCUCUCAGACUGUUGCUGGGAAGAGUAAAGAAUUCCAGAUAUCCAGUGAAGGGCAGAAUGUCCUAUCUGAAGCCAGGGGGAAGCGAUCUAGAACGUUUCGAUGGACUUUCCCUCAUUUAUUGGACAUUAAUGGGACCACAUGGGAUGGAUCGUCACAUGCAUUGUUUUGACUUCUACGACUGUGCCAAUGGCUUGGGUAUCAAAGUGAUCGGUGGCAUUAAAGAAUUUACGGGUGAGGAAUAUGGAGUUUAUGUCAAGAGAAUCCUACCAGGGGGAGUGGCUUACAUUGAUGGUCGUCUACAACCAGGAGAUCAGAUCUUAGAAGUGAAUGGGGACAGCCUGAUUGGUGUUACUAACGAGAGAGCCGUGGACAUCCUAAGGACAGCCUCUGGCACCAGUUAUAUGCGCCUUCUUGUCACCAGAGAUGACGAUGCUCGCAAGGAAUUCUCUGAACUGCUGGAAAAAUUUGGAUCUCAUAGCAGCACAUGUUCUACGCAGAGUUCACCUACUUCUCAUACUGGAAGCAGGUCCUUGGGAAGCACCUCGUCUGGCUCCUCGUCUUGUUCCCAGAGCCCUCUGCUCCUGAGCCCAACCCAUUCCCAUGGGAUGUUGUUUGGAAAUCCAGGACAAACCCACCCCUCCAUCUCACACUGUUCCAUUGGAUCCGGGAUCCAAAGUGUCUCCAUAAGAAAGUUUUCCGACUUGGGGUUAACCAUUAGUGGAGGAACCAACCGAUCAGAUGGACCAAUGGUUUACGUCCAUGACGUCCAACAGGAAGGAGACUGCAAUAAGGAUGGAUGCCUGCAAGUGGGAGACCAGCUAAUUGCUAUCAAUAAAGACUCGUUGGUGGGUGCUACACACGAGGAGGCUAAAAGGAUAGUUGCAAAGAAUUUGUUCAGGCAUGAAGGAAACACAGAAGUGGCCUUCAUUCCAGGAAGGGGACAACUUCAUCCAGGACAUUGUGCAAACAACGGUGCUCACUCAAUGUCCACAAGGCUGGGAGAUAACAGCAUGGCUCCUCCUGGGAGGUGGAAGGUCCAUGUGAGACCCCCAGAGAGCAGACACAAUAGCCACUUUCCUGUGCCUUCUCCAUCUCCAGAUGUCUGCCCACCAGAGUGCAUCAUUUCCGCUCCUGCUUCUCCUUCAAGCCAGGAAUCGUCUUCAACCCCCAAGCCUAAAGUACCCCUGGACCCUCACGUUCGUCUCAAGGAUGGCAAACUUGAAUUGAUGUUACAGUACUUAAACCUAGAUAUGAGCGAAGAGAAGAAAAGGCAGUUACGGCAGAGACUGACAACUGAUUCCCAAGGCACAGUAGCCUACGGAGAUUUCCUCCACGCUCUCAAGGACUUGCUUCCAGAAGAAGACACAGAUCUCCAUUCAAAUUCUGCACUUUUCAGUCCUCUUGAAGUGGCUACUUUGCUGGACACGUCUGCUUUCCAUUCUCCGAUGUCUGACUCUCUCAGUUCCAGUGAGAACGAGAAGCUGGAUAACCUACAUCUGGAAAUGGUGGUGUUACAGGAGGAAGUCCAGAGGCUGAAGUCUCUCCUGAAGGAGGUGGAAAGCAAUAAGAAGUCUAUGGAAGACCAGCAUCACAAAUUAAAUCAGAAGGCGUUGAGCUUCCUCCAAGAGAACCAAUGUCUGCAGAACAAGCUGCAAGCCGCGGAAGUCUUCCGGUGGCGAGCCCAGAGCGCGGAACAGGAUUACGAAGAAGUCAUCCACCUGUUGGAAGCUGAGAUCAUGGAGCUGAAAUCCCAGCUGAUGGGGAAGAAGAACAAGGAGCUUUUGGAAGCAGAGAGCGAUGCCUUAGAACUGAAGAAACACCUGUCCUCGGUGAACGAACAGUUGCAGAAGUCCGAGGUCGCCCAGAAGCACCUGGAAAUUUACAACAGGAAACUGCUAUUGUUUGUUCAGCAUGCGCACAGAUUACUGAGCUCGUCUUGCUCUUUACCAAAAAAGAGGAUUGACAGCCAAGAGGAUGAGGACAAGACAAAAGAGGUUUCAGAAACUACCCUUCUCUCUUCAGAACUUGCCAGAAUGUUGAUCGCAGAAGGCAAUGAACUGUUGGAGAAUAACUCAUUGUCAAGUGCUACAAGAGAUGCUCUACUGCAAGAUUGGGACGACUGCCAAGCAGACGAGAGGUCCCCCAACUAUGAAUAAUGAGGAACGUGGGACCAUUUCCUCCAGAAGUUAAAGACUUUUUGGGCCAUUUCUGGUCCACAACGCUCCUUCAGCAUGAACCUUCUUUCAGUUGUCUCCACUGCUUCCUCAAGGUCUGAAAGAACAAGAACAAUGGCAGCUAUGAUCUCUGGAAAGUCAUUUCCGGAGGGCAGGUUAAGAACCCUAGAAUCCUAGACUUGGAAGGCAUCAUGAGAGCUUCUAGUCCAUCCCUUUCCACAGGGCAGGAAUCCUCACACCCUUCUAGGCAAUAGAGCUUGCCCAGCCUUGGAUGAAAAACUCCACUGAUGGAGCUCCAGAACUUCAGGAGGCGAACUGUUCUACAUAUAUUCCAUUUGGAUAGGUCUCUGUAAAGCUUUAUUUUUGCUUAUUUAUCUAAGCCCUUGCUGGGGAGAAUAACCAGAGGACUGUCACUUAAAUCAUGGUGAUUUUUACAAGAGCCUUGGUAGUACAGUGGUCUAAAGCAUCCUGUUAUUAAGACCAGAUGCCUGCAAUUACUGCAGGUUCAAAUCUCGCCAGGCUCAAGGUUGACUCAGCCUUCCAUCCUUUCUAAGGUAGGUAAAUUGAGGACCCAGUUUGUGGGGGCAAUAAGCUGACUUUGUAUAAAAUAUACGAAAGGAUGAAGGCUAUUGCUUAGCACAUUGUAAACUGCCCUGAGUCUCCGGAGAAGGGCGACAUAUAAAUCAAAUUUUAAAAAAAUUUAACUGGGAUUUAAGCGAGGGGGAAAGGUAAAAUUUUCACUUAGUUUUUGCACUGUGUGUAUGCAUGCAUUAAUGCUGUUUUCUGUACAAUUCUGGGCUCUUUUUUAGAUGAAAUAUAGUAUUACCCUAUGGUACUUCCCCAGGUCAGGAGUUUGGCAGCCUCUUUUAUCCCAACGAACAGAUUUCGUUAGAGAGCUCGUGAAAGUUUAUGCCUUGUAAUUAAAUUUUAUUCACCUGAAAAGGAGUUACCAGAUGCCUCUUGAUUUAUGGGUGGAAGAAAUUAUAAAUAGAGAACAGAUAAAGAGAAAUAAAACUGAUCAUGAGCACGGCCAUCAUUUCUGUGCACCCAAUCCUCAACAGAUAGUCAGUGAAAAUGAUCUGCAUUCAGAUCAAAUUUUUAACCCCCGUUUCUCUCCAAGGAUUCUGUUGGAUGCUUAUCCUACGGUUGGGUAGAUAAUAUAUAGAAAACUAUGUUCUGUAACUUUAACUGCUACAAGAUGACUAAUUGGCUGUGCUAAGCAGACAUAAAAGAAGGCAGGAAGUUCAUUCACUUCUGCUCCUGCUAUUAGAAGAUUGAACUGCUGAAAGGAACUGUGUCUGUGUUACUGGAGAGAACUGGAAUUGUAAGCAAAUGAUGUUUUUGUGUUGAACCGUGAUUAUUUGAAGAAGUGUUAUCUUUGUUUUGAGAAGCCAAGUUUGUUUUACUACAAGUAAAGACUUUAUUUUUCUUUAAACGUUCAGAGUCUGUGAGUAUCUGUGUAUUUUGCUAAGCAACGUAUCUAUUCGCUGUCUGGUCCGUUGCACCACUUUGCAGAGGGCAGUUUUACCCUCAACACUGGUUAUGGGCCCAGUGCCAGAGUGUGUGUACCAGUUACAGCAAUAAGAGAGUUGUGACACACAUUAUUGCUCCAGACGUUCUGAUACGUAUUUAAUAUCAUGGUGAGGAUGGCACAAGGUCAAGCUCCCAACUUAUCGCUGGUUACCCGGCUGGAUGGCACCAACUACAAAUCCUGAUCCACCAAGUGCAGUCUCCUGAUGCGCAAAGAAGGGCUAUGGAAUGUAGUGCAGAAUCCACCAGAUGUGACCUCCUGGAAUGCUGACGAUGCUGAGGAUGCCAGGAAGAUAGCCGAGUUCCAGAGGAAGAAUGAGAGUGUAUUGUGUAUUAUUGGUUUGUCUCUAGAUGAUACCCAGCUUGUUCACAUCGAGGGUGAACAGUCUGCUGCAAGAUGCUGGGGCAAUUUGAAACGUGUUUAUGUUCAUGACACUGUGGGGGCACAAAUUAACAUUACACAAAAGUUGUUUCACACAUGACUCCUUAAGGGUAGUGACAUGUUAACACAUCUGAAUUGCAUAAAAAGCAUUUUUCGAGAGCUACAUCAAAAGGAGGUGGUUUUUUCCGAGCAGCAACAGGUUUAUAUACUGUUAUCAUCGCUAGAUGAGAGCUACGACGACGUAGUAACAUCAUUCUGAAGGUCUCACAGCAGCUACCCUCCAUGGUCACAUGACCCCAUUUCUGGUGCUCAAGAAACGGCCUACAGUCAUGGAUGUUUGUAGCAUCCCCUAGUCACAUAUCUGCAUUUUGUGCUUCUGUACCAGAGACAUAUUCCUUGUGUGUCUAAUCACACUUGGCCAAAUAAAUAAAGUAUAGUAUUUUAUGAUGGUUUUGCUGAAAAACGGCAUUUACUUCUGGUCUAGGGUGGGCUUCAGAUCCUUUGGCAACAGACUUCUGGUUGAUAUCGCAGUGGGAAUGGAUUGGAAAAUAGUGGGCUCUGAUGAGCUGCACAAAAUCCAGCCGGACAAACCGCUGCCAGGAGGCUUUUGAGCCAUAGCCAUCUUGUAGGGACGGUGAAGAAAGGGUAUGUGUUUUGUGGAUUGCGAGGAAUUGGCAAUUUCCUCCCUGGAACAGAAACAGCUCUCCCGAAGUGGCAGCAGGUGCGGCAGCCAUCAUAUGGUGGCCACCUUGAAGCUGGGACAACCGAACCGAAAAAUUGUGCAGGAGUAGCAAUUGGAUGGAGUUCUAGAACUGGGUGAGAUAAAUGCCAAUUUAUACUAAGAAAAAUCAAAAUUGAAGUUUUAAAAGAAUUUCUGAGCUUUGACUAGCGACUAUUUGACAUUUGGGAAAAAAAACAUACACGUGGAACAAAGAGAAGGUGUGGAUUGUAAUAUAAAGUAUCUAACAGAAAGUCUUGGAUUUGGAAAAUUGGGAAAAGCAAAUGAUUUUUAAAAAGAAAAAAAAUGAUUUUUGGAAGAAAACAAUAAUUUAUAAGAGAACUUUUAAAAAUCAUUGGACACUUUGACAGACAAUUGGAUAAAAUAGCCUGCUUUGUAAUGGAGUAGAAACAGAGAGUGCCGUCUGCUGGAGGAAAGAAAAAGUACUGUAACAUUCUACUCAAAUAGACAAAACAGAAGAAAUAGCAGCUGGAAAUUUUGACCUUGGCCAUCUAGAAGAAGAUAAUUUGGACACUGUGAGAAUUUUACAUCUGUUUUACAACUGGGUGGUUGUUUUAUUUCCCGUCUCUUCUGGAAGAUAGCUUUAUAAUUGGAUUCGACUGUUGUUGAAUUUGGACAAUAAUUAAUAAUUGAGAAUAACAUUUUAACUUUAAAGAACAAAGGAAUAAUCGAAAGAAGAAGAAAAAGAAGAGAACUAUAUUGACUUAAAAUUCUGGCUAAGUGCAUAGAGAUAUAAUUGCGGAGGUAUUAGUAACCUUUUAAAUGGUCAUAAAAUGGAGUUGCAGAUGUAUGAAGAGUUACUUUUGAUGUUUAAAAGUAUGCGUAAAUCUUUAAUAGGCAAAAAAGAAACUGAAAAUUUAUUUAAAUAUACAAGAAAAGAAAAUGAAGAGAAGUUGGAAGAGGGAAAUUUAAAUGAGAAACAAGAAAUUAACAAUGUUGAAGAGAAAAUAUUAAAAGAUAGAAAUCAGAUUGAGAGCAUUAUAGAAAUGGUUGGGUAAGUAAAAAGCGCAGAGAGGAAAGGGGGGGAAUUCCCCCUAAAAAAGAAACAGGCGAAAGGAAAGAAGGGGAAAAUCUGGAAGAGACAAGGGAAAGUUUUGGUGAGGGAUGCUCAAAUAAUACAACAAAAAAAGAUAAAAGGAAGACAGAAGAUGAAAUGUAACAUAUAUAUAUAUAUAAGAGAAUUGAGAAGUUAGAGAGAGAUAAAGGGUCAUGCAAAAAAUUAUUAGAAAAGGGGAUGCUAAAAAGAUUUAGAGAUGAUGGUUAAAGAUGAAGGAUGAUGGGGUAAAAAUUGGCAAAUAUAUAUAUCUGAGAUAGAUUAAUAAAUGGGAAUGGGAAAGUAGACAAUAUAAUAAUAGUAUUUUUGAUAGUUUUUAAAAUUAGAAUGGAAUUUUAAUUGUUAUAGUAGUGGUAAGAGAGAAGAAUUAUAGGAUAUAGAUAUACUGUGAUGCUAGCUAGAUGAAAGCAUUGAAAAUGAAAUGAUAAAGAAGUAUGUAAGAAUAAUAUGGUAGAAAUUGAAAAAAUAUGAUAUGGUGGGAAAUGAUUAUAAGUGAAUAUAUGAUAAAGGUGAAUGAAUAGAGUUUGUCUGCAUUAAAUCUUAAUAGAUAGAAAUGUGAAAAUAAGCAAUUUGACAAUAUUAUUAAUUUUGAUAUCAAUGUAAAUUAAAAUGGACAUUUUAAAAUGUUAAUUGUAAAGAGAAUAACAAUGUUGAAAUCAUGAAAGUGACUAUUUUUGCAAAGAAGAAGGAAUAGAACAUGUUUGUGAUAAACUACAGCAGAUGGAAAGCUGAAAAUAAAUAAUCUCAGGAUAUUAUUAAUUUUGAUAACAAUGUAAAUUAAGAUGAAUAUUUUAUUGUUAACGUUUGGGUAGAAGGAAUUAGAGAGACACUUCUGGAAAUGAAGAAAGAAUGUAAACAACUGGAGUAACUGAGAAGCAGCAUAAGGUGUAAAGUGAAGUUAUUUAUAUAAAAUUGAAAAAGAUGAAAAAAUAAUGGAAAGAAAAUAUUACUAUUAUUAAUAAUAAUGACCCAAUUAAUGAUUGUCAUGACCUACAAUUAUGACGGGCAGGUUCCUUUAUAGUCAUAAGUCAAGGACUACCUGUAUGAUGGCCAAG